CAAAGCAAGUAAACAAAGGUAAUAACCUAAAAAUGCCAUCGCUGCAUACUUUUUAACAAAAACCGGAUUUUAUUUCUUUAUAAUGGAAAUUAUUAAUACAAAAGUGGCCACAUUAAGUAAUUUUGAGGUUAUGAACCAUCUUCAAAAUGUAAAAGAAGGAAAGAAAAGAAACAAGGGGCAGCUAGCUACUAUCACUUAUGAGACUCUACGAUACCUUGAGAGUACACCUUGUAAACAUCAGACCCCGGAAAGCAUUGAAAAUUGUCUUAAGGCAUUGAAACAUUACAACUUGACAAAAAACGAAAAACUUAUGUUAAUAAAUACACCACCAAUUACUCCACUGGAAAUUCAAUUGAUGGUAGAAGAAAGUGAAGAAAGGCUAACAGAAGAACAAGUUGAAGAAAUCUUACAAAUAAUUACCGAGCAUUUUCCACACGUUCGUAAAAUAGAGGCAGAAGUAGAGGAGGAGGUAGAAGGAACAUGAUGGUGAUAAAUUUUUGAUAUACUUCAUUAUAUAUUCCUUAAGUUAACUGUAUAGAUGUAUUCACAUAUUUUAAUAUUAAAGAAACAAAGAAAACUUUA